GACGGAAGCGAGAGCGCCCUCACGCCCGCUGCCUGACCGGAGGAGGUGGAAGAGCCGCAAGCGGCACGGGGGCUCGGCGCUUUCCCCCGGAGCGGCCCUCACAAAGCAGAAAGACCAUGGGGUGCAUUAAAAGUAAGGAAGAUAAAGGUCCUACCAUGAAAUAUAGGACUGAGACUACUCCAGAACCCAUUCCUUCCCAUGUCAGCCAUUAUGGAUCAGAUUCAACCCAAGCAAACCAGUCGCCUGCAAUAAAGGGAUCAUCAGUUAAUUUUAACAGCCAUUCCGUGACUCCUUUUGGUGGGCCAUCUGGUAUGACACCUUUUGGAGGAGCAUCUUCUUCAUUUUCAUCUGUGCCAUGUCCAUAUCCUAGUGGUUUAACAGGUGGUGUUACUGUUUUUGUGGCCUUAUAUGACUAUGAAGCCAGGACCACAGAUGACUUGUCAUUCAAGAAGGGUGAACGGUUCCAGAUAAUCAAUAACACGGAAGGAGACUGGUGGGAAGCAAGAUCUAUUGCAACAGGAAAGAGUGGCUACAUUCCUAGCAAUUACGUCGCUCCUGCAGACUCCAUCCAAGCAGAAGAAUGGUAUUUUGGUAAAAUGGGCAGGAAAGAUGCAGAGAGGUUACUUUUAAAUCCUGGGAACCAACGUGGUAUUUUCUUAGUCCGAGAGAGUGAAACCACAAAAGGUGCUUAUUCCCUCUCUAUACGUGACUGGGAUGAGAUUAGAGGUGAUAAUGUGAAACACUACAAAAUUAGAAAACUUGACAAUGGUGGAUAUUAUAUAACAACCAGAGCACAGUUUGAAUCUUUACAAAAGCUGGUCAAACACUAUUCAGAUCAUGCUGAUGGCCUGUGUCAUAAAUUAACAACCGUGUGUCCAACUGUGAAACCUCAGACACAGGGUUUGGCGAAAGAUGCCUGGGAAAUUCCUAGAGAAUCUUUGCGCUUAGAAGUUAAGCUGGGUCAAGGAUGCUUUGGUGAAGUAUGGAUGGGAACAUGGAAUGGAACUACAAAAGUAGCAAUCAAAACACUAAAACCUGGUACAAUGAUGCCAGAAGCUUUCCUACAAGAAGCUCAAAUCAUGAAGAAAUUAAGGCAUGAUAAACUCGUUCCACUUUACGCUGUUGUAUCUGAGGAGCCAAUCUACAUAGUCACUGAAUUCAUGACAAAAGGUAGCUUACUAGACUUUCUUAAGGAAGGAGAAGGAAAGUAUUUAAAGCUUCCGCAGUUGGUGGAUAUGGCUGCUCAGAUUGCAGAUGGCAUGGCAUACAUUGAACGAAUGAACUACAUUCAUCGAGAUCUCCGGGCAGCUAACAUCCUUGUGGGGGACAACCUGGUGUGCAAAAUUGCAGACUUUGGCUUAGCAAGGUUAAUAGAGGACAAUGAGUACACUGCCAGGCAAGGGGCCAAAUUCCCAAUUAAAUGGACAGCACCUGAGGCUGCUUUAUAUGGUCGGUUUACAAUUAAAUCUGAUGUCUGGUCAUUUGGCAUUUUGUUGACAGAGCUCGUAACAAAGGGACGUGUGCCAUACCCAGGCAUGGUGAACCGUGAGGUUUUGGAACAAGUAGAACGUGGCUAUAGAAUGCCUUGUCCUCAAGGAUGCCCAGAAUCUCUCCAUGAAUUAAUGAAACUGUGUUGGAAGAAAGAUCCUGAUGAAAGACCAACAUUUGAAUACAUUCAAUCUUUCUUAGAAGACUAUUUUACUGCUACAGAACCACAGUACCAGCCUGGAGACAAUUUAUAAGCCAAUCAUCUACGUACCACGCACAAAUCUGCCAAAUGUAAAAUACUUUCAAAAAAAGUUAUAUGCUGAUUGGAAAGAUUCAAAGGAAAGCAAAUCAUCAUUUGCAUGCUCUUGAUGGCUAGCAAACCGGAAUUCCAAAAUAAGAUUGCACAAACCCACUUUUUAAAGUGUUAUACCCAAACAUAUUAAUGAUGUGAUAUUUUUCUCCCUUAUUGUAUCAGGGUCCAACAGAAACAUACUGACAAAAUUGGUUGGUAAACAAGCAUUAUCAUUUCCAAGAGUGGCGCUGCUAGUCUGUUUCUUUUCUAACAUUUUUAGCUAUACUGCUAAAGGCAACAUGCGCAAUUAGAUAAACCUCUGAACGGAAAUGUUCAAAGAAUAACAAAGAACGUUUACGGGACCAAACGAUUUAAUUUAAGUUUUAUAAAAUGUCCUGUGUCCAGAGUAAAAUAAACCUUUUUUUCUUAAAAAUUCAGCCCUGGUCUUGAGGUUCACUUUACAUUGAUUUAAUUAGGGUAGGGAAAGUAUUCUUUAAAAAAAGCAGAUGAUUUAUGAUAAACUUGAUUAAAUGCUAGACAUCAGUAGUGGAACUGAAGAGCAUAAUGCACUGUGUUGAUACUUUAUGUUAAUGUAACUGGAAAGUAGCAUAUGGGAACUUUUUUUCCUGCAUAGUUUAAGAAUGAUGAAGGUAACUACAAGAUGACUUCAUGUUUUAUAUGGAUUUGUUAAUGGAGUAUAAUAUUCAAACUUAAUACCACAAAAUGCAAUCGGAGGGAAAGAGAAAAUCUCCUUUAAUUUUACAAGAUGUAGCCUUUCAUGGUGAAAUUUCCAGUGAACAAGCCCCAAUACUAUGUUUUGGGGACUUCUAGAUCUGGAAAGCGGAGAAAUGUGGUGAAUAUUUAUGAGUGCUUCCAAAAUGUCUUGAGUUCAGGGAUUUGCAUAAUUGCACUUCUGCUUUUCUUUAAAAGACACCCCAAGUUUUAAAAAGCUGAGGGACCCAAAGGAUCCGAUCCAGAGUUGACCUUCCGCAAACAGCGAGGCUCCUUCUGUUGGCAGAGACAACUACCUCACAUGUUCUGGCAGGUCCGCUUAUCCUUCAGAGCACAUAUUUGGGGGGCAUAGGGGGAGGAGGAAUCAGUAAAAAAUACCUUCUCCCCCCUUCUAGCCACAGGAUCAUCCUGUUUGCAGAGUUUCACUCCUCAACUCUGGAUCUAUUCCAAUAUACUUAUGAUUGAGUUAAAAGUGGGAAGUUAUUGAUGGGCAGUCAGCCCAGCUCUCACAAAGUACGUUCAGGUGACUCUAACCUAACAGAGCAUGCAUGGAGAGUAGGGUUGCUUAUGUACUGCCCUUUUUAAAAUGCAAAAUUAUACCAAUAAGCUGCUGAGUAAGGAAGAGGAAUUGAGGUACUAAAUCCAGCUCCUCCUCUCAAGUCCCACUGACUGGUAGGUUUUAGAUGGUUUUUCAUGCCUAGGGCUGUGCAUGUACAGCCACAACCCUUGGAUCAGUACAUACGAUUCCCCAUUCAGCUACUGAUACAAUUGCAGUAGCCUCUUCCACAAGUAUAUUGGGGAAUAAGAUUUACCACAAUCACUGACAUAUCAAGCAAUAAAAAUCCUGUUGGUAUGUUAAAAUCUUCCUGUGAUACUCAAACUAUUUUUUGCACUGGAAAACUUCUGUGAAAAUUAUUAUCAUUCUCAUGUUAUCAGAUAAAUCACACAGAAUUAGUUGUGGUGCAACAAAUAUAACCAUUCAGGAAUUUUUAAUUCUGUUCCCAGAAUGAUUUUUUAAAAUAAAAUUAUGCAAUCAUGUUGCAUUUCCCCUUAUCAUUUAUACAUCUCCAGCUUUGAAAUUUUAAAAGGGCUUUAUGUACAAAAGAAAAUUAUGGGUAAUAGUUAUGUUUAUGUAAUAAUGCAAAAUGCCAGAAAAUUAUUAUGGUAUUGAUUGGAUAUUAAUUAAGAAAUGGAACAAUUCAUUAUAACAAGUUUUGUAUAGUAAAGAUUUUUUUUAAAAAAAAACACUAACUUAAUGAAAAAUGAUUAUGUAUUUUAAAAAGGCCUACAAGGUUAACGUCCAUAUCUAUUUUCUUUUUUGAUAGCGGUUUUACUUCAAGACUUUGAUGUGAGCUUAUCUUGGCAAAUAUAAGAACUCAAGACAGACACACUUUUUUUUAUAAAUAGUAGUACAUUUUAAAAUGUAAUUAUUUUUAUAAAGCAUGGUGUUAAAUUUGUUUCGCAGGAUUUACUUGAAUUCAAAUUCAUCGUAAUUACAGAAGCUUAUUUUUUGAAAAAUAAUUUGAUAAGAUUUCAAAUGGCUGUGUUAAGUCUUCAUAAUGGGGACAUCACUUUAAAGUUCUAGAGAAUUAUAAUAUCAAUUAUGUUGUUUACUUUUGCAUUCUUUUUAACAGAUUUGAACAGAGUACAUCUUGCGAAUGCCAUGAUAUACCUUUAAGAUUUUUUUCUAGAGCAUUAAGAGAUUUUUCCAGCAAAUAAUGAGUCAAUCCUAUCUCUGUAUCAACUGAGCGUAAGAAGCUCCAUAAGACACAUUCUGAACUAUCCCUUCCCAUUACUGAUUAGAAAACACUAAUGAUUACUUUGUUACAUGUGCAUGAGGCACUUCAUUACAUUAUCCACACUACUUAUUAAUUUGUAUACUCCUCGUUGAUGUUUGGGGUAUAGACCCAAGGGUGCAGUAGUACUUGUCGAUACCCUCUCCUUCACCAAAUAGAUCAGUUAGGUGGGGCCUGGACUGAAUUCCCCAUCCCGAAAGAGAGAGAGGGGAGAAUUCCAUAAUUAGAAUAGUGACCACAGAGCUAGCUUUGUGUGCAGAUCUCAGGAUUUCCCCUCUUUCUUCCACAACUGUGAGGUGCGUUGCUGGAUGUGGAGGACUUUGCAUCCCAUAGCAGCCUCUUGCAUGAGUGAUGGAGAUUAUUAUUUUUAAAAUGUGGAUUGUCCCUCACUGGAUUGGGAGUGAUAAGCACAAUUAACUAGGAAUUUCUGCACAAUCCCCAGUUAAAAGAAUGGAUGCCACCAUUACCGUGUUGGUUCCUAUUCAUAUCUUUGGGACUUGUGAUGGGAAGAUCCUGAUAGGUUGAGCCCCUGGGUAUAAUCUGUCAACCACUACUUCCAUGCAACAUCAGUCCAUCUUUUAAAAUGCAGUUUUGUGUAUUUUUCCCAUGUCUUCUGCCACAAUCAUGUUCUUUAGUUAAUAUUGUACAGGCAGUCCAAGCAUCUCCAAUGUAUAGAAGUGCCACUGUAUAUUAAGUCUGUAGAACUGCUAGAAUACUGUUUUCUAAACAUCAGAAAUGAUAAUGCAAAUUUUUACAUGUUCUCAACUACUUCGUUUGUAUUUUCAGCACUUCCUGUACUGUAAUCAUUGUUAAUCAUUUAAGAAUGAUUUUGAUAUUAUUUUAAUGGAAACAAUUAUGUAACAUUUCUGAUCAAAACUGUACCGCAAGCCUUGCCUGUCAGUUUUGUUGAAGCUACAUUGUGUGGUAAUUUUGUUUGGUUUUCCUAUCAUACUGUGUUCACAAGCUUAAAUAUUUUUUAAUAUUUUAUUACUUUUGCAUAAUUAAAGUUC